UUAGGUAAGAUGGCGGCCUCAGAGUACUCAGACGUUGCGGGGAACUAUGAUGAUGCCAUUAUAGCUCAAGUUGACAACAUUCAGAAAGAGAUAGCAGAAAAUAAUCAACUUGUAAGUGAGAAACUGGACAUAACCUGUUUACAAAAGGAAUACGCUAUUGAUGAUUUUGUAUACCAAACCAAAAUAAAGGACCUAAGCUUAAACUACUCACAUGUUAGGAAGACUAGAGGUGAUGGCAAUUGCUUCUACAGGGCUUUUGGAUUUGCAUACCUUGAAGAACUGAUUGGUAAUCAGUUAGAAUAUGACAGGUUUAAAACUCUAGCCUCGCAAAGUAAAGAUGAACUUGUCUCUCUUGGAUUUCCAUCUUUUACAAUAGAGGACUUUCAUCAAGUUUUUAUGGAAGCAAUUGAAUCUGUUGGAAAAAAUCAGUCUGUUGAGCAAUUAUUAAAGACUUUUCAAGAUGAGGGUAUUUCAAAUUAUAUUGUUGUAUAUCUACGACUGUUAACAUCUGCACAACUUCAGAAAAAGGCUGAUUUUUUUGAGAACUUUAUUGAAGGAGGAAGAACGGUACAAGAAUUCCGCAGCCAGGAAGUUGAGCCUAUGGCCAAAGAAAGUGACCAGAUUCAUAUCAUAGCACUGACUGAUGCACUAGGUGUAUGUGUCCGUGUGGUGUACAUGGACAGAGGUGGAAAUCAAUCUGUCAAUCAGCACGACUUUCCUGAAGAUGGCUCAAGGCCUUUGGUCAAUUUACUGUACCGGCCUGGACAUUAUGACAUAUUGUACCAAAAACAACUCUGACAUAACUUUUUCAAAAAAAUAUAUUUUUUAUUGCUUUGACUGAAUUUGAGUUAACUGUAGCAUAUUUAUUUAGAAUACAUUAAAAAUGGUUUGUACAGAUUUGGGAAUAAAAAUAGUUGUUAUGUUUGAAA